GUGUAGACCAAGGCAUAAGAAGAACAAGAAGAUAUUUCAUAUAACAUGUCAUACCAAUUUAAAACAAUAAAAUUGUAUUUGUAACUUUUUUUCAUUUUGCUUUUAUUCAAUUCCAGGACUCCUCAAUACCGUUGUGGAUAAUGUGUCUUUGGAUCAAACAUCCGGUGUCGUAACAACUGUGGAUGCAGACACAGCUAAUCGUAUUUUUAUGCAACAACUCCACUUGCCACAGAACUUGUUGACAAUUAUCGCAGAUCCAUCUACGAAUUCGCCACCAACCGAUCCCAUAGCGAUGCAACUGAUGACCGAUUAUGAAGAGCACGACGGAACAAAUCAGGAGCAAGAAAUGGCACAGUUAAUCACCGUGGUUCCCACUAUCGAUUUGCAAGAGCCCACGUGUUCGAAAUAUCUUGAUGAUGGAAAAAGCGCAUCGUCUAACGACAACGUUACCGAUGAAAAUCAGUCACCGAACAAACGAGUCCAUCAAACAGAAGUUCAGAAAAGUUGCAAGAAACAAGCCACCUGUGUAAUGAAAUUUCGUUCAUUUGAAGUUAAUUGGGAAAAAGUAAGCGACAACCUACUAGAUCGUCUCAACAGCCUUCAAGAAUACAGAGCAAAGAAUUCCACUGCAGUACCUCGCUCGAUGCGCUUCAAGAAAACCGAAUUGAUCUGUCUGGUGAAUAGUGUAGUCGACCAGAUGCGCUGCAUUGACACGAGGAUUCGAGCAGAUGUUAUGGAAACUGUGGCGCAGCAAAUAUUGCGAAAGUAUCCCUGUCUUGAAAUCUUGGACGAUGACGGAUUCAGCAAUGGGCUUAGCCAUAUAACGAUUAAACAGAAAAUGAUUAAUCGAAACACAUACCUGAAUCGCAUCGAUAAUGACGUACCAAAAGUAAAACAGCUCACGGAAGAAUUCAGGAACAGACGGGCCGGUACAAUGAAAGAAUACUGGAAUGUUUCAACAGACCAGUGUUCUAAGGAAAUCCUCUCAAAACUACGUCGUGAUGAGCCGGCUUUACUCACUGCAGAGUUUUUGAUGGCGUCCCAAGGAUUUGUGCGGUCGCGGCUCGAUCAGAAAAAAGAUCUGUCAUCGAUCGUAUCGGAAUUUCCGGUUCUUCGGCGCCGCCAGCUUCUAUCCUUUCAUUUCAAGCAAGCCACCGGAAUCGAGAUCGACAUGUUGCGGAAGUAUUACGACUCCAAGAAAGCUAAAAUUGUUGGCUAUUCGGCAACACAGAAGACGCAUGCGCUGUGUGAAACAUCUACAGAUUAUGAUGUCUUCAAUUUUUUGGCAAAACUGCUGGACGAAAAUCUUGAUGGACUGGUCUUGAAGAAAGAGAUCGGAACACGCAUUGAUGAAUUUCGCGAUGAAAUAGCAGGACCGCUGUUGCUGUGCAUUGAUACUGGAAACGGGUCUCUGUAUUAUGUUUACGCAGACAACGCUCGGCUCACUGAAGGGACGCACGAUUUUUUAAACGGUAUGCAAGAUCUAAUGUGCAUCCAAUAUGUCUACAGUCUUAUGUAUACCAAGAGUGCGACAAAACUGUUGGAGCUUGUACAAGAAUAUUUUUUAAAAAUUUUCCCCGCGAAGGGAUCGAAAUCAAAAGCCGUCCGUGUUGGAAAGCAACAACGAACGGUAAGACAAGUAAUCGCUGCACUAUCCCAAUUUGCCGAGGUGGACGAGCAAAACGAAUCGACAGUGACAGAUUGAUCAAGUUCCGGUUAUAGUUCUGGUUUUGAAUUAUUAGGUAAGGAAGAGAUUUCGCUAGCCGGUAAAUGGCAAAGAUAAUGUUAAGUUUUCAAGAUAAAAAUAUCGAUGGAAUAAAAACAAGCAUUUUACACUAUGAUUUGGACUUUUUUUGAAAAUAAGAAAGAAAUACCCCUCGUGAUACGUCAUUAUGAGCAAAAGAAUGUGUUUCGCUAGUAUUGGUUUCAGUAAGCAAGAUUUUCAUGUAAACUUCAUAUGUUUUACAUUGGCGCGUGUAUUUUCGGCUAACGGUGUGGUAAACAGAAUGUAGGGAGUGAAUUGUUUCUCGAAAUUCAUAUGACAUACAAAUAAGGUUAUAUUUUUACUGCAUUCUUGUUUUUGUUGCGUUUUGAUGCACCCGCUACCUAAUCUAGAUAUCUCACAUGAAUUUCGUUUGAAAACUUUCAUCUCUAGCAAAUUAUUACUAAAACCUAACCACAAAGCUGCUUUCGGAUUCCU